UUGAGCGUCGGCCUCCAGACAGGAUAUAUUUUUGUUUUCGCGAAUUUUAAAGUGCGUAGUGAUGAUAGAGCUUACGGUCCCUUGGGAAACCAACAUCCCAAAGACCAUACCAUCAAGGUCAACAAAUAUUACGAGCUCACAAACGAACUCACUCGAAAUAGGUUCGUAGUAGAUUUGUACGCGGUAGAGGUGGGAGCGAGAGGUAUAACAGCGAAAUCUCUCUACAACCUACUAAAAGACUUGGGCUUGUCCAGAACUCACAUUAAUGCAUUCUUGGAACGUACAUCGAAGGCAGCCCUAGUAGGUUCUUUUCAAAUUUGGUUAGGUAGGGAGAGGAGCUUGGAUAGUGGAGGUGAGCGUAUAACGCGCGAUAGUUAA